AGAGAUUGGUCCUGAACAGUUCCCUGUGAAUGAGCAUUACUUUGGCUUGGUCAAUCUUGUGUGCAUCUGACCUCAUUAGGAUCUGCUGAACAGGAGGAAUUGUCUACCUAAAUUAACUGUGGAGAGAACUGGUGUUGAUCUUGCCAGUGCUUCUGGAGGAGAAAGGCAGCUGUUGGGCCUGUGACAUCUUUUACAGUGAAUGUAGGAAGCUGGUUGAUAGAAACAGGUUCUGUGGCAUCGUACCCAUGUUCGGCAACACCUGCUACUGCAACUCAGUCUUACAGGCACUUUAUUUUUGUCGUCCAUUUCGGGAAAAAGUUUUGGCAUACAAAGUGCAGCCUCGAAAGAAGGAAAGCCUCCUGACAUGCCUUUCUGAUCUCUUCAACAGUAUUGCUACGCAAAAGAAGAAGGUGGGAGUCAUCCCACCCAAGAAAUUUAUUUCCCGAUUGAGGAAAGAAAAUGAAUUGUUUGAUAAUUAUAUGCAGCAGGAUGCACAUGAAUUCCUGAACUACCUACUUAACACUAUUGCUGACUUACUGCAAGAAGAGAAAAAGCAGGAGAAGCAGAAUGGCAAGCUCCAGAAUGGCAGCAUUGAGAGUGAAGAAGGGGAAAAGACUGAUCUGACGUGGGUCCAUGAAAUCUUCCAAGGAACACUAACCAAUGAAACCAGAUGUCUUAACUGUGAGGCUGUUAGUAGCAAAGAUGAGGACUUUCUGGAUCUGUCGGUUGAUGUGGAACAAAAUACAUCAAUUACACACUGUCUAAGAGGGUUUAGUAAUACUGAAACUCUAUGCAGUGAAUAUAAAUACUAUUGUGAGCAGUGCCGCAGUAAACAGGAAGCACAGAAAAGAAUGAGAGUGAAAAAGUUGCCCAUGAUUCUAGCUCUGCACUUAAAAAGGUUCAAAUACAUGGACCAGCUGCAUCGAUACACCAAACUUUCCUACCGUGUAGUCUUCCCCUUGGAGCUCCGGCUCUUUAACACUUCAGGAGAUGCUACAAAUCCUGACAGAAUGUAUGACCUUGUGGCUGUAGUUGUUCACUGUGGCAGUGGUCCAAAUCGUGGACAUUAUAUCACCAUUGUGAAGAGCCAUGGCUUUUGGUUGCUGUUUGAUGAUGACAUUGUAGAGAAAAUCGAUGCCCAGGCCAUUGAAGAGUUCUAUGGGUUAACAUCAGACAUUUCCAAAAACUCAGAAUCUGGAUAUAUCCUCUUCUACCAGUCAAGAGACUAAGACAAAAGAUAUGUAUGUAUAAAUAAAAGAAAAAGGGAUCAAGAUAUGUCCAAGUGGAACAUAUUUGUGACAGCAGAAGCAGUUACUCAUUGUUGCUGUAGGACCAGGACAGAUCCAGCAGGGCGAAUAAAGGUUUCUCUCUGCCAUUUCUUGGAGGAUUAGUGCUGACUGCCGUAACAAGAAGAGCUUUUGCUCCAGUUUUCUUUCUGGGCUUUUUUAACGUGCUAUCUUCCAAAAUCUGCGUUACCUCUACUUGAAACCUGGCUGCUUAUUUGUUCAUGAACUGAAGAAGAGUUUUAAAAGUAGCAUUGUAGAAUUUUUACCAUUUAAUGUUGGCCUGAGGCUAUACCUUGGUUUCUGUCGUCGUUUUUCUGUAUUUUAGCAGAAUGAUUUCAAUAUUCAGUGUCAGCUGAAGGCAUAUUUUAGGAUAUGAACAGCAGCUGGUUGCUGGAUAUUUUUGGUGACUCAGACUUGAGAAGCAGUGCAAAGCUAAGACAUAUUGGAAAUGUCAAGUCUGUAAUUUUUUUUUUAAAAAACAGACAAAAAAACUCUGACUGCAGCAUUGUAAAUUCCCCAUUAUGCAUUACCUUGGUUUUAGAUAACACUAACAGCACUGCUUCUUUCUGCAUUUUUAUUUUUACUGUUCUGUUUCUUCUUCAGAAGGUAUAGGGCUAUCCACACUUAGCCUAAUGUUCGUUUUUGCUUUGAAGCAGAAGUUUUGACUCAGAGCCUCAUUGCUGCACAUUUAAGGGGAGCAAAAAAGCAGUUGUGUUGAAGAAUGUCUGGCAACCAGUUGCUGUAGAAAGUUUAAAGUUACAGCAUUUCUUGGAGCUAUUGCAUAAACCAAAAGUGCCCUCUUUCUGAAACAGGAUCUGUUCAACAUUUCAUUCAAUACGUAGUAAACUGAUGCAACUAGCAUUUUGAAUCUAUGCUAAUACACAGAAACAGCACUAAUUGUGAAGGCUUAACCAAGGGAAGCAUUAUUUACCAAACUAAUCCAGUUGUUCUUCACAAUAAUGAUCAUGUAAGAAGGAAAACCAGCCAACCAGCCCAGACAUGGCCUUGCUAUGUGUUCCUCAUCGUCUGUUGGUAACAUUUGCACCAGUCUGGGAAUCAUAACCCCCUUAAAAAUGCUUCUGAUUGUUUUACCUCUAUAGGCCUUGCUUAACAGGGGAAAUUGUUAGUCUUUUGAAGACUGAAAUUAAGUAAUUAUCCGUUACGUGUGUAUAUAUUAUAAUCUCAAGGAUAACUAGAAAGAAAAGACUAUGGGAGUUUGUAAGAAAUCUCUGAAAAUCAUAUGUAAUUUUCUUUUUGAAAAGUCCUGUUACUGUGCCAAAGCUUGUCGCAGCUGGCUCUAAACUACCAGAGGAAAUUCAUAUUUUCCUUCCUUCAUCUUGUUAGAUAACACCAGAGCUGUCCUCUUUGUGUCUGUUUCCAGUAUGGCCGUUCAUGGUGUAUACCAGUGGUUGUUGUUCCUGAGGACGUUUAACUUAUGCAAUUCCAUGGCUUGUACAGGAUAGAAGAGAUUUUACCAAAAUAUUGUCCUCAGGAAAACAGCAUUUCGCAAACAUUUUCUUGUGGUGGCUGUACGUAUUUGUUUCUCCUUACCAUGACCAGAAGCAUAACGUUAGCAAUUAACUUCUCUUCAAAAUGCGAAUCAGUCAUUGCCGUCGGAUUCCAGCUUAGUACAGUACUUAGUACUCUUCGCACAUCUCCUUCUCCAGAAAAUAAAAAGUAUGGACAUUUUUAAAUUAUUUUUUAUUAUACAGAGUACUGUCAUUUUAAGAGACAUUGAAUAACAGCAAGCAUCCUUGUCAUCUUGUUCCUGUUGUGUGAAAACUGUUCCUGGCUACGAGUCUUCUCCCCUUGUUCCCAUUACAAGCCGUGAGUCCUCUCCUGGUGGCGCUAGCAGAAGCCUGUCAUCAGAAAGUCUUGCAAAAAAUAAAAAGAGCACUGAGUUAAAAAUAAUCUAAACAGGAAAUACAAAAAUUAAUGUAGUACACUAGACAUGUAUUUUGUGUAUCUGGUGAUACGUUUUUACAAAUACCUGAUUGAGAGAGAAUAUUGAAAGAUAUAUACUAUAGAUUAAAAACUGUUAAAAGUGCACUUUUGCUACAGAUUUAUAAGGAAACUAAAAGGUAUUAAGUUGGAAGAGAAUGGUGUGAUGUUACUUCUGUAUAAUAAAUGACCCCACCUGUCUCCAAUAAAGGUCACAUAUGAUCAAA